AUGAAGCCCGAGCGCUGGGUCUUCAGGUCUGGGACAGGCCUCCUCAGCCGCCAGCAGCUGCCCCUCAAGCUCGCCUGGGCCAUCUCCAUCCACAAGAGCCAGGGCAUGACUCUGGACUGUGUGGAGAUCUCGUUGGCUCGUGUGUUUGAGAGCGGUCAGGCGUACGUGGCUCUGUCUCGGGCCCGGAGUCUGGACGGGCUCCGGGUCCUGGACUUUGACCCCAGAGUGGUGAAGGCCGACCCCGACGUGCUGAGCUUCUACCGCCGACUGAGGAAGGAGCGGCUUCUCACACAGCUGCGUUUCCAUUGA